CUUCUCAACACAACUAAAAACCCAGAUGAUGAGACAACGAGCUCAGCAGUAGGUACUCGAUCUGCCGACUCCUUCGGGAGCUGGCAGAGCCGUGGUUCUUUCUGAGAUGUGUCCGCCGCACCACCUCUAGACACAAUUUGAAGUACUCUGAUGGGUGUUGUAGUAUGUGUUUUCGUCCUCUUUAAGCUAUUGUUCUUGAAUCUUUACGCUGUUCUUUCCAUACUCCACAUUUUCCUUCUCUUGGAAUCGCUGCGUCAGCCACGUUGCAUGCCCGAUUGGUGGUCUCUGGUAACGCGGAUGGCAAAUACGCACGACGAAUUGCUGGUAAGUGGAAGAGACCAAGGAGCCGAGAUUCAUGGUAGGGGUCGCGGAGGAUGCAACAUGAUCAUGUCAUACAUAGUCCGUGCUAUGAUAUUAUAGCCGACCCGUCUGCUGAGCUGCGGCAAGGCUAUAUCAGUAUGGCCCUUAUAGUGCACGCUAUUCUUGCCUUAGAAGGUCGCCUCCAGCCCAAAACCGCGAUGCUUUUCAUGGGUUCGCACCCUUCCGGGCUUAUGCGAGCGAAGAACGGAGCCAUGCGAGACCUUUUUUGACCGCUCAAUGGCGGCGGUAUUGCACGUUGGCACUGCUACAUGCCUUUGGCUUAGUGGGCCGUCCGGUGCGAUGCCGCUUCGUCAAGGAGCGAUGGAAGGCUUACUUUAGCUGCGUUAAUUAUUUAGGUCCCAGAGUAGAACCGUUCGCGGAGGCCCGAAGGAUGCACGCCAUGUCUUGCGGGUUGAAUGCUGGUGCUGAUAAUGAUGAUGAUGAUGACGACGCUGUUCGCUCUGCUUCUGCUGACACCACUACCACUGUUUCCCGUCGCUGCAUCUGCUGCUGCCACUGGGUGUUCUGCCACUGCGUCCACACCCAGCUACACCGCCCAAGAACGUCCAAUGGUUUCUGGUGGGCACAUGAAUCAAUACCUAUCUAUAUAUACGUAUAUAUGUAUUCGUUAAGGCUCUUAUUAAGCUCUUGAAUCGCCUCCUAUUAUAACACAGCACAAUUACAACAGGGGCGACGUUUGCGAGCGGCGCCAGCUUCCUCCUUCUAUCUUAAUUUUCAUUCCUUUAAUCAAUUAUAAUUUCUCGGUGCGCCAGGCCGUUGUCACGAAGCUUUUCGUCUUCAACUCAGAUUUGCGGUUCCGUGACGCUCGCCCCCGCCCUCCAUACUGCACGUUCUCCAGCAUCUAUCUUCCAUGCUCAACUCGCACCACAACUGUUGCGCAACGGACUAAUGACGAGAGACCCAACGCUUCGAACGCUUAACGAGCGCGAAGGACAGUCUGCGAUUUUUCUGAGCGCAAAGGUGGUAGAAGAAGGCAGCCGACCGAGCAGCGACCCGCAUCCUGUCGCUCUCGCUGCCCUGCUGUGGCAAACGGAAUUUGCACCGUCGCCCCCGUGAGACUUACGGCUUAGGCGUUUCGUGGUGGUGGCAUCACGAAGACUCACAUGAGUCGCCCUUUCCUCCGACACAUCGCACUUUCCUUGCGCUAGCGUCUGCGUCGAACCGCGAUUCCUACUCUCCACCGGGCUGCUCCUGCCUUGGCUGACUACCAAAUUCCAGUUUGUUUUUCCUCAAACUUUCGCUUCUGAAAAACUCUCACGCUUAAUUCCCCGCCUCCGAUCCUGGAACUGCUGCGGAGCCCCUGUACUUAAUAGAUCACACCGCAACCGCUCGAGUCUCUCUGCGCUAUCGCCGCCAUCUUGCAUACUUCUUCGGUUUUCUAUCCCGCAGCGGCCGCCACCGGCGUCAAUUGGCUAGAAAAGUUCCGUCAGUACUUUGCAGUUGAGCCUCAAGACAGUCAACUGCUGCACAAGUCUCAGCUCUUCGAUCCACCCGGCGCAGCACCAAGACGGGCUCGCUUGGGGACUAAUUGAUCAAGAUAUAGAUGACGGACGAUUCUUGUGGCGGAUUGCAUUCACCAAUUUUUUGAGGACUGCUUUCUGAUUAAGCCUCACAGCCUUUCGAGCUUGAGCGACUUCAUCGUCUACUUGAGGCGACAAAAGUGAGGAAGCUCUGCUACGUCUUCAACAGACUACCGCCCUCACGUGUUGCCGCAACAUCAGAAAACAUCUCCUGGAACAAGCAUGCCUCAGCCCAGGCAAGCUACGAGCGCGGAACUCGGCGAUGGUGACUUUUCGAUCAAAUAUAAUAAGAACGGCCGCCCAGUGAGGAAAAGCGCCAGCCAGAAGUUCAGUGCCAAUCCGGCGUAUGUGGACAGCAGUCUUAUCGAUCAACAGCUUCUCGAGAUCACUGCCGAGGACUUGUCCGAGCCAGAAAGUGACUUCGAUUCUGAGGCUGAACGCGAGGCGCAGCAAAAGAAAAAGUCGAAGAAACGUAGGCGGUCACCGUCACCAACGCCUCCGCCUCUGUCGCCUUUGCCACCGCCGGAUCCCCUGUCAGAAAGCAGCACACCAGAGCCUAACAGAUUCGACUUUGAAGUUUCUGCAAUUUCAAUUGAACCUAUCCAUCUGACAUUCAACAUCGAGAAAGGAUUCAGUGGCCCAUUGCACGUGCAGCUUGAUCUCUCUUCCGUUCUGCGCGCAAGCAAGCGCCCUCGACAAGCUGAUGACUCCAGUGCGGCCACUUCUAGCAGCACGCGGAAAGUAAAGAGCAGAGCCAUGAACCUGGGGUCGAAAGGCUUUUUAUCUCUACCAGCAGAACUUCGAAACCAAGUGUAUCGACUUGUAUUCACGUCGGAGAAGAAGAUCGAUUUCGUCGAAGGAACGAAUAUGAAUCAUUCGUCGGCAUUUCUACGUACCUGCAAGCAGAUAUGCGCGGAAGGCUGCUCUGUACUGUACGGGCUUAACACAUUUUACUUCGGCCGAAAUAAGGAGAUGAGACGGCCUUUCUGGAACAGCGAACGGAAAGAGAUCGGAUACAAAGACUUGCGCCUCUUUCUAGAUUUGAUCGGCACUGCUAAUGUGUCUCGUAUCCGCCAUUUCUGGAUUUGCUUCGACGACGCAGCACCAAGUGCCGUUCCUCACCUUAAGCGUAGCGAGGAGCGUCGCUAUGUGCAUGAUCCGCACCUGAUUGAGUCCUUAAAGAUUUUGGCCAAGCAUGCGCGUCUCGAGAAGCUGACUGCGACGUUCUGGGGCCGCCGUGCUCUCGCGCUCACCGAUACACGCUUUCUUGAUCACUUGACCAAGAUCAAAGCUGAUCAGAUCGACAUCCGGAAUCCUGCAUCUGACAUGUAUGGAUACUACAGCUGGCAGCCGAACCGGAUUCAUGAGGAGACAAAGACGUUGAUUAGAAAAGAGGUUGUACGCAAACACAAGCUAUACGAGCAAUGAGUGAAUAUGCACUACACCAGCGGAUCGAGAUAGACCUCUGAGUCUCUUCUUUGCUGCAACAUUACAUAAUAGGUAUUCUGCUAGUUUUGGGACGAGAACUCUUCUGAAGAGUGGCCAGGGCAGCAAUAUUAUAAUUGUCAUUAUACCCAUCUUGUGAGAGAUUAGACGGAAGGAUAGUCAUAUCAAACGUAAGGGAGCAAGCGUCGUAAGCUACGACUACGCUUCGGAUGGCGGUUAUAGAAAGGUAAACGAGUGUUGCCACGCUUGUUAAAGCGUGAGGUCUGUUGUGUGGAACAGUAGCUUCUAUUGCGUCAGUUUGACUUGCUACUGAAAAAUAGACAUGGCUGUGAAGAAAAUAUUGAGAUGCAUAGUAAACAGAUGUAAUUCUCCAGUUAGCCACAUGCAAGGAGAAGCUAGCAAGCGAGGAAGGGACGGAAGUAUGUAUUUGCUCAAACUCAAAUCAUUCAAUCCUGACCUAUAUGUCAC